GAAAGCUUUGGACUUGGCUCUGUACAGGAAAUCAUGGCUAUGGCGAUUCGUGUCUUGGCAUCACCGUCUCUCCGUAGAUCUCAUAAUCACUUGAAAAUUCUCUUCUCCCAACCUCUUCUCUGCAGAAGAACCAGAAGUUUGGGUGAUUUUGUUAUGGUUCAGGAGUCUGCUUUGGGACACCGCUUUGGAAAUGAGGGUUUUGUCUCAGAUGGGCAACGAUGGAUUCACUCGGUUGGGUGUUUAAGAAUGGCUGACAAGGUUGUGGAGCCCCCAAAUGUGGGAGCUGUCGAUGGUGCUGGUAAUAAUGCUAAGGUGAAGAGGACGAAGCUCAAGGGAAAAAGAGCUGUUGUGAGAUGGCUCAAGUUCUUUAGGUGGAAGAAAAAGAAAGAGUAUGAGAGAAUGACUGCUGAAGAGAAAAUUCUCUACAAAUUCAGAAAGGCAAGAAAUAAAGAGGAAAGGCUUGUUAAAGCUCUUAAGAAGCUUGAGCCUGCUGAGACAUCGGAGACAACCCAUGAUCCGGAGAUAUUGACUCCGGAAGAGCACUUUUUCUUUCUGAAGAUGGGUCUGAAGUGCAAGAACUAUGUUCCGGUCGGUAGGCGCGGAAUCUACCAAGGUGUUAUCCUGAACAUGCACUUGCACUGGAAGAAGCAUCAGACUCUGAAGGUGGUGGUGAAGACAUUCACACCUGAGGAGGUGAAAGAGAUUGCCUCAGAACUGGCAAGAUUAACUGGAGGAAUUGUGCUUGAUAUUCAUGAGGAGAACACAAUUAUUAUGUACAGAGGGAAGAACUAUUCUCAGCCGCCGACGGAAAUAAUGUCACCCAGAGAAACUCUCUCUAGGAAGAAGGCUCUGGAUAAAUCCAAGUAUAGAGAUGGCCUCCGUGCUGUGAGAAAAUAUAUUCCGAAACUCGAACAAGACCUUGAGUUGCUGCAAGCAAAGGCCAAGACCAAGCCUGCAAGUAUCACUGAAACUGUUGAAGAAAUCCGAGAAACAGAUAUAGAGAGUGUAGAUUUUGAAAGUUGUUCAAACGUCCAGUGGGAGAAUCCAGAUAAGCUGAAAGAAAUAGAAGAUAGAAGCAACCGAGGAUCUGACUCUGAUGAUGAUCUUGAGACGAAAGCCGGGUUGGCUUCAGAUUCUGAAGGCCUAUCAGAUCUUUUUGAGACCGACUCUGAGUCAGGCACGGAGGAGAAUGCAGAAAGGCCUCUUUAUCUGGAAGAGUUUGAAAAGUUUUCAGCAAAAAGCGAGGGAGAACUUGAAGAUUUUGAGGAUCACCUACGUCAAAUAUCUGUUGACUCAAAGAAGGCCAACUCGUCUAGCGAAGACGCGGAUUUGCAGAAUUUAGAUGAGGUUGAUAGGCUGUUUCUCCGUGCUGCUGCUCUUUUGAAGAACAGGAGAAGAUAGUUUUGUAAUGUAUUUAUUACCAUAACUGAUUUAAUACACUUUCUUUGGAGGUACUAUUUUCGUUAUACGAGGGAAAUUUUUUUCUUUAGUGCUUGCUCAUGUUAUAUUCAUGAGUAUUACUUGCCCUUUUCUACAUUUUGGAACAUUAAUAAUGUGCCUGGGUGUUUCCGCAGACAACAAUAAUACUU